UAGCGUUUCAGGGCCUUUUCAAUCCCAGAUAGCUUCCAGACUAUUCGUCGAAUUGUUAAAUCUUUCUAGUUUUCGCCGACUCAAAGCCCUAAUUUUCUGCCAUGGCUCGCCGAUCAGGAGGUCGUUCUGCCCGUCCAGCUCCAGCUCCUCGUCAUGCACCAGCACGCAACCCUCCUCAGACAGUCAAACAAGCUCCUCCUCCGGCUCCAGUUCAGGGUGGAGGUGGUGGAAUGCUCUCAGGACUUGGAUCAACCAUAGUUCAAGGUAUUGGUUUUGGGACUGGAAGUGCUGUGGCACACAGGGCCGUUGAUGCUGUGAUGGGUCCUCGCACCAUUCAACAUGAAACUGUAGUCUCUGAAGCUGCUGCUGGUGCUCCAGCACCCAUUUCUAGCAGCAUGAGUGGCUCUGAUGCCUGCAAUAAUCACUCCAAGGCCUUCCAAGAUUGUGUCAACCACUUUGGAAGUGAUAUCAGCAAGUGCCAGUUCUACAUGGAUAUGCUAUCCGAGUGCAAGAAGAACACUGCCUCCGGCAUGUUGAGUGCCUAAGCACUACCUAUUUUUCCAUUCAAUGAUUUGAAAAUGUUAUACUUUGCGCAGUUUAUUCUUCUACCCUGUGCCUGUCAUGAUGGUGAAUUAGUGGUGUAUUGUGGGGAAGGAUUUAUAUGAAUCUUUUAUGUGCAUGGUAGAACAUGCUGCAUUAAGUAGUUGAUCGAACUUGGUACUUGUUUGAAGUAUCCAUGCCCGUUACAAUCUGUUUGAAAAUAAUGAUAUUUUGGAGUUAUGAUGGCUAA